AUGGCAAACCCCGCCGGCUUGGACUCCGCCGCGGUGGAAUGUUUCUUAGACAGACACCCGGAGCUGGUGGAGAAGUGGCUGAAGAGGAGAACCGCCCUCCUUAGUAGUAAAGAAGUUCCCGCUGGAGCGCCUGACUUCGGCGACGGCGGGGCGGCAAAGCAGCCCAGCAGCCGCCACCACCACAACGGCCUCUCGCCGCGGAGCAGCCCCUCGUCCACAGCUCCUCCCGGCCCGGAGCCGACGGCUGGCGGGCUGCUGCAGCACCGAGGCUCCCAGAAAGAGCUGCGGAAAAGUUUCGCGCGCUCCAAGGCGAUCCACGUGAACCUGACUUACGACGAGCACCUCCACGCCCGGGCUCAGGAGCCGCUGAGCAGCGCCAGGAGAAGGGCGCUGCUGAGGAAGGCCAGCUCCCUGCCGCCCACGACGGCGCACCUGCUCAGCGCCCUGCUCGAGUCCCGGGUCAACCUGCCCCAGUACCCGCCCACCGCUUUGGACUACAAGCGCUACCUGAAGCAGCACAACGAGCGGCAGUUCUUUCUGGAGCUCGUCAAGGACAUUUCCAACGACUUGGACCUCAGCACCCUCAGCUACAAGAUCCUCAUCUUCGUCUGCCUUAUGGUGGACGCCGAGAGGGGCUCCCUUUUCCUGGUGGAAGGCAGUGGCGGCGGGAAGAAGAGCUUGGUCUCCAAGGUCUUCGACGUGCACGGCGGCGCCCCCGUCCUGCCUUGCUACAGCACGGAGAACUCCAACGAGAUGCAGCUGCUCUGGGGCAAAAGCACCGUCGGUUAUGUGGCCGAGCACGGCGAGACCGUCAACAUGCCCGACGUUUACCAGGACCACCGCUUUAAUGACAAGAUUGACAAAUUGACAGGCUACAAGACCAAGUCAUUGCUCUGCAUGCCUAUAAGAAACAGCGAGGGUGAAAUCAUUGGAGUUGCACAAGUGAUAAAUAAAACUCCUGGAGGUAUUCCUUUUACUGAGGAUGAUGAAAAAGUAAUGGAAAUGUAUCUUCCCUUCUGUGGUAUUGCCAUAUCCAAUGCUCAAUUGUUUGCUGCUUCCAGGAAGGAGUAUGAUAGAAGCAGAGCCUUGCUGGAGGUGGUUAAUGAUCUCUUUGAAGAACAGACAGACUUGGAGAAAAUUGUGAAAAAAAUUAUGCAUCGAGCCCAGAAUCUACUCAAGUGUGAGCGUUGCUUGGUAUUGCUUCUUGAUGACAUUGAAUCACCAGUAAUAAAAUUUACCAAGUCCUUUGAAUUGAUGUCUCCAAAGUGCAUUGCUGAUUCAGAAAAUAGUUUCAGAGACAAUCUGGAGAAACCAUCAGCAUCUUAUUCAGACUGGCUAGUAAAUAAUAGCAUUGCUGAACUUGUAGCUUCCACUGGCCUUCCAGUAAACAACAGUGAUGCUUAUCAAGAUCCUCGCUUUGAUGCAGAAGUUGAUCAGAUGUCUGGCUUUCACAUAAGAUCUGUACUCUGUGUACCUAUAUGGAAUAACAGUCACCAAAUAAUUGGUGUUGCUCAGGUGCUGAAUAGACUUGAUGGAAAACCUUUUGAUGAUGCUGAUCAGCGACUCUUUGAGGCUUUUGUUAUAUUUUGUGGCUUGGGCAUCAAUAAUACUAUAAUGUACGACCAAGUGAAAAAGUCCUGGGCAAAGCAGUCUGUGGCUCUUGAUGUGCUGUCUUAUCAUGCAACAUGUUCAAAGGCAGAGCUUGACAAAUUUAAGACAGCAAACAUCCCUCUGGUGUCAGAGCUUGGUAUAGAUAACGUCCACUUUGAUGAUUUCUCCCUUGAUAUGGAUACCAUGAUAGCAGCAGCUCUCCGGAUGUUCAUGGAGCUUGGAAUAGUUCAGAAAUUUAGAAUUGACUAUGAGACACUGUGUAGGUGGCUUUUGACAGUGAGGAAAAAUUACCGAAUGGUUCUGUAUCACAACUGGCGGCAUGCUUUCAACGUGUGCCAGCUCAUGUUUGCCAUGUUAACGACAGCAGAAUUUCAGGAGAUCCUGACAGAAAUAGAAAUUUUAGCUUUGAUUGUUGGAUGUUUAUGCCAUGAUCUUGAUCACAGAGGAACAAACAAUGCAUUUCAAGCUAAAAUUGGUUCCGCUUUAGCUCAGCUCUAUGGGACAUCUGCUACUCUGGAGCAUCACCAUUUCAACCAUGCUGUAAUGAUUCUUCAGAGUGAGGGUCACAACAUAUUUGCUAAUUUGUCCUCCAAGGAUUACAGUGAUCUUAUGCAGCUUCUGAAGAAGUCAAUACUGGCCACAGACCUCACUCUCUAUUUUGAGAAGAGGGCUGAAUUUUUUGAACUUGUCAACAAAGGAGACUACAAUUGGAAUGUUAAAUAUCAACGAGAGGUAUUCCGAUCAAUGCUAAUGACAGCCUGUGACCUUGGAGCUGCAACGAAACCAUGGGAGAUUUCAAGACAGGUAGCUGAACUGGUAACAAGUGAGUUCUUUGAACAAGGCGACAGGGAGAGAUCUGAACUGAAACUCACACCUUCUGCUAUAUUUGAUCGGAACAGGAAAGAUGAACUGCCUCGAUUACAGCUGGAAUGGAUUGAUAGUAUCUGCAUGCCUCUCUAUCAGGCCUUAGUGAAAGUGAAUGGAAAACUGAAGCCUAUGCUGGACUCUGUGGUGGCCAACAGAAAAAAAUGGGAGGAAUUGCACCAGAAAAGAUUGCUUUCCCAGACAACAUCCAACUUAGCCAUGUCUCCGGAGAGCAUAAAAUAAGUCUACGUCUGUUUCCUGUUCCUAGGAUAAGAGAGUCAAAAGAAUGCCUAAGAAUGCUCGUCUCACAGUAUUUAAUUAAUAAUAUAAGGCAGGCAAGAACAUAUGUAAUGUCACUGAAAGCACACUGGCUGGCCCGGCCUUAGCUUUUCCUAUAGGCCAAGGCUUGGUCUGAGGGGAGAAUCUACAGGGAGACAGUUGGGUUCUUGCAGUAAUCUGGAAAGCUUGGUCAAGUCUGGAUCUUGUCAGCUUCUUUCAGCAACUCUUAAGAAAAUUGGCAAAUAUGGUCAGAAAGGAUUCAUAUAAAUGGAACUUAUGGUUCAGUAAAAUUAAUAAACGUGAGCUGUGGCUGAUUUUAAAGAAAAUAAUGAAGCAUCUUCAAGAGACUCUGAAAAAAGGGAGAAUUUUUGUAAAAAUAUUUUGAGAUUGCACCUUUCCAGCUUUUAUUAGUAUGAAUGGUUAUUCCUGCGCUUGUGAAAUUUGUCUUUUUACCCCUUUUAUGUUCUAUUUGGUUUAUUCAGAGAAGCCUGCUUUAUAUUCUGAAGAAAUAUGUUUUUUACAACAAGCCUCAUAGGAUUCAACAGGGCUUUUAGAAUUGUCUCUUUUCGCUGUAUUUAAAGGAGGGGAAAUGAACUUUAUUACAUUUAAAAAGACAAAUCUGCUCUGGCUUCCUUGAUUUCAUAUUAGCAACCCAAUUUGAAUUGCUCUGCAGGCAGAAGCUUAUAUAAAGAUAAAAUUCUGCAUGAUUCUUUUGGAAUUCUGUAAUAAUUUCAUUUUUAAAGCUGCUUUGCACAUCUAAAAGGAGAAUCAGUGGUAUAUCAAGAAAAUUGUCUAACAAAAACAAAACCUUGCCUUGGGUAGAGAACUUGCACUAUAGGUUAUGAACGUAGCUUUCUAGUAUAUUUUCAGAAAAUUAUUAUUUUUAAGUCUGAUAUGACACUAGAUGAUAAUAUGAAAAGAGCAAUGACUACCUCUGCUUUUUCUAGCUAUUUUCUUACACGUUAAUCUGUCUUAGCUAACAGAAAUUAAGUCACCAUUGCAUGUGCUCCAAUUAUUAUUACUUUUUUGCAUGUUGGCAAUCCUUGAUUUAUAAAAUAUCCACAGAGAUGUCUGCAGUUGAAAUGAACUCACUUCGGUUAAUGAAACAUCAAAUUUAUUUCAGCACUGGCAUGGCAACUUACUGGAUUUCUAUUCCCUAAUGAGGUGUGGAAUUACAUCUAUAUUCCAUUCUCAUUGCCAGUGUGGUCUAUAGAUAAAUUGUGCUAGCCCCAGGAAGGAUGUUGUAUACAUGUCCAGCCACAACCCAGUUCAACACUUACUGAAAAGGUUUGUGAGCUAAGAACACCUGAGUCCAAACAAUUUGCACGCCUAACAUGACAGCCUUUGUCAUAUGAAUUGGCAUGUAGUUAGGAUUACUCUGGGUUGCUGGUACUUCCCAAAGUGCAGGAACAAAUGAUCUGAGGUAGACGGCUGGCUAUAAUUUCUGCUACCCUAUUAAACCCCUGCCAAAGAUCAUUUGGAAGUAAAAGAGCUCUAGCUACUCAGAAGAAUCCUCACAGAAGAAGGUGGUUGUAAAAGCAAUAUUAUUGCAUCCCUUCCUUUUCAGAACUUACAGAAUUUAGAUUGCACAAAAGACUGGACUUCUAAAGGGGGAAAAGGGGGGGGGGGAAUAUAAUGCUAACAGGAAUCAGGCAAAGGGCCUGGGUUAAAUCAAUUAACAAGAGCAGUUGAAACAAUAAUGAAUAAUAGCAUAAUAGAGAAUCAGAAUUUUAUAUAAUUAUUUAACAGCAAAGAAUCAUGGUUGAGAUAAAAAAAAGCACUCUCCUGAAUUUACAGGAAUAAUUUUAAGGCAGAAGACUCACAACUCCCAUCUCGAAUCACUUGGUCUGAGGUUAGUAGGAGUUUGAUAGUGAAAGCUGGGGUGCUCUGAGGGAUCCUUUUAUCAUUUUCUUGUAUCUGAAAGGCUUCCCAUUCAAUAUCCAGCAGAUUCUGAAUGUCAUUUGGCACCUGAGAGGUUCUGUGUCAAGUGUGAAAGGGAGGGGCGGAUUUACCUCAACGGCAACGAUAGCAUUUUAUUAUUUAACAGAAAUAGGUGCCCCAACGUAACUAUUUUAGGGGCCGUAUUCAAGGGCACUAAGGUGUGAUCGUUUACCCAAUUUCAGCAGUGGAAAUCAGCUACCGGUACUUCUGUUAGUGUAGCCAAACCCCUGGCUCUGCCGAGGCCUGCUACAGGAUGGGAAACCCAACACCUUUUAUAAAUUGUAAGAUACAACCACCAUGGUCUUGCUGAUUGAGUUGUGGUCCAAACACCUAAAGGACACCUCAUUGCUUAGCAGGUAAAAUGUGGCAAGGCUUUCCAACAUUUCUCAAGGGUAGGUAGAAAAAAGAAGCGGAUGUCCCCGAGAGCCGGAUGGAAAAACAUUUGACUUGAUAUUCUCUUUCACUGUGGUUUAGGACUUCCAACCUUGAACGUUUCAUAGACAGACAGGAAGGAAAUGGUUCUGAAAAGGUUCUUUUUCAUUUCCUCACUCAGGAAACAUAGUAUAAUUAGGGAAGGGUAAUCUCGUUAUCUAUCUAUGCCUUUUCUUUUAAUUCAAAAUUUAAUUCGAAUCACACUGCUAACAGCUUAAUUACACCAAUGUUCUCUUCUCUUUCUCGCCAUUCAUUUCAUAGUUCCUGGAAGUUCAUUAAAUGCUUGUCAAGCUUCUGAGGGAAUUUUAAAACAUUGGUUUUUCUUAAUACUGGCAAACUUUAUUGAGUUUCUUCGAGUGAAUAGAAAUAAAGCCUUUUAGCCUAAAGUUAAA